AUGGCGCCGGAACGAAAAAGUCGACAGAAGAAGCAGCGCAAAGCUGCAUUCAUGGACGCCGACGCAGAAGAUAAUACCAAUGGCAUCGCAAAGGAAGAUAUAAUGGAGAAAGACGAGACUGAAGACGAGCUUGAAAGGCUGCUAUUCGGUGACUCGGAAGGGUUUCACAGUGCGCUCAGGGAGCGUGAGCAGGCGGGUUCAAAGGAGCUCGUUUUAGCGGACGGAUCAGAGACGGCAGAGGGAUUGGGAGUCGGUGAUGAUUCGGACGACGAUCUAGCCAAUGUCCCUGACGAGGAGCUAUUCUACCUUGACGCUGGAGACUCGGGCCCCGUGGUUCCCAUACCAAAAGACGAACAGCCAGCAGAAGCGCUACAGGUUUUAGAGGAGGACGGAGUCCCUGCUGCAUGGGAAGAUAGCGACGAUGACCGAAUUCGAGUGUCCCUGGCAGAUAACGAGCGAUUGAGAAAGCUACGACUUCACGAGGGCGAGGAUGUUAUCGGUGGUAGAGAAUAUAUUGCUCGUCUUAGACGACAGUUUGAACGGCUCCAACCUGCUCCCGAAUGGGCCAGUCCGGCACCUAAGAGACGGAAGACCGAGGAAGAUGCCUCUGAUCUGUCAAUGGGCGAGGAUGAGGAGGAUGCAGAGGAAGACCUUUCAGCGCAGCCGCUGGCGAAGCUGUUGCAGAACAUAGGCGAUUUGACUAGAUCUGAUGCUUCUGCUGGGAAGAAGAAGAAGCUCCGUCAGGGAGUUCUAGAUAUCCAGCGUUUGAAAGACGUUGGCGGAAACCAGCCGUCCUCGAUUGACUCGCUAUCUUUCCACCCUCACUAUCCAUUACUACUCUCCUCUGGACCGGCAUCUACUCUAUUUUUACACCACAUAUCUCCUGAUUCAGCAUCGCCUAAUCCACUGCUAACAUCCCUACAUAUCCGCCAUACUCCCCUACGGACAAGCACAUUCGACCAACCAACCGGCAACCGUAUCCUAUGUUCAGGACGUCGACGGUUCUUCCACGUCUGGAACAUGGAUACAGGCAAGAUUGAAAAGAUCGUUGGUCCCGCGGACCGCAAACACGAACUCAAGUCAAUGGAAUACUUCAAGGUCUCGCCCUGUGGCCGCUGGAUCGGGUUCGAAGGAACGACCAAAAAGGGCGGCGGUGUCGUUAUUGUUUUUGAUGCCAAUACCAUGCAGUGGGUGGCUCAGGUGCGCAUCGACAGCCGCGGCGGCGUAGCUGAUUUCGCCUGGUGGAGUGACGGCGAGGGAAUGUGUGUUGUUGGCAAGAACGGUGAAGUCAGUGAAUGGGACGGCCGUGAGAAGCGAAUUAUCGCUCGAUGGGUGGAUGAAGGUGCCGUUGGCACUACGGUGCUGAGCCUGGGAGGCCAGACGGGCCGCCAGGAGCUUGGGGGUGAUCGAUGGGUUGCCAUUGGCAGUUCCAGCGGUAUUGUCAAUAUCUAUGACCGAAAGCCCUGGGCUGAUGCCGCUGCGGUGGCUCUACGGAAGCCAGGUAAACAGGCUGAGGAGGCGGCGGAUGUUCAAUUGGGGGUACCGCAGCGGCCGAAGCCAGUUCGUGUUUUGGAUCAGUUGACUACCCCUAUCAGUCAUCUGGUGUUUGCGCAGGACGGACAGUUCAUGGUCAUGGCCAGCCGGUGGAAGAGAGAUGCCCUGAGGCUGGUCCAUCUACCGUCGUGUACGGUCUACUCGAAUUGGCCGACGUCCAGUACACCGUUUGGCCGCAUAUCAUCUGUUGCAGUAUCACCAACUUCGGAUUCAAUUGCAGUUGCCAAUGAACAGGGCAAGAUCCGUCUCUGGGAGAUCCACGGAUGA